AUACAAAGAGAUGACAUAUAUCGGACAUUGAAAACAGACACGAAGAUUACCUAUGUCGGCUUACACCAAGUUAACUUGAUUGAAAAUAUUACAUUUCUAUUUUCUGUUACUGAGGAUAUUCAAGUUCAAAACUGUGAAUGAUAACAGAUUUGGAAUAAAAAUAUGAAAGUAGCGCAACUAUUUAUUAUAAUCUUUGGAACGUUUCAAUUUAAUUUAUACAGCUGCAAUAAUGUCUUCACAAAAGAAUUUCAGAUAGAAAAGUUACAAAAAUGUGACGCAAGUACUUUAUUAAUGACUUUAUAUGGAGUACGCUCCAUGACAAAGUGUUUUGCAAAAUGUGCAAACGUGGCAGAAUGUGCAGGGGUGAACUAUGACAAGAGCGAUAAAAUCUGUGAACUUAUUCAUUUGAAUGAGAUCCAAUGCUCCAUGUUGGAGGACUCAGACUGGAAUCAUGGAUAUAUAAGAUAUAAUAAUCACUACAAUCGAGACUGUCAAACAUUGCAGGAAAAUGGUUAUGGUCAAAAUGGUGUUUACCUUAUACAACCAGACCCUCAGCAACCUGCAUUCAAUGUCUACUGUGACAUGCAAGAUGGUGGCUGGACAGUGAUUCAACGUCGUUAUGACGGAAGUGUCCCAUUUUACAGCAAAACAUGGAAUGAAUACAAAACUGGAUUUGGAGAUCCUAACAAUGAACAUUGGUUAGGAAACAAUAACAUUCAUGUCCUGACAACAUCAGCAUCAUAUGAAAUAAAGUUUGAUCUGAUGACACCAGACAACACAUGGUAUGACGCAACUUAUUCACAUUUUUCGAUACUGGAUGAAUCUAGCGAUUAUGAACUCUCUAUAGGGUCAUACACAGGUGGCACUGCUGGUGACAGUGUUUGGCCUAAUGGAGGAAUGGCAACGAAUGGAAAGAUACAUGGAAUGAAAUUCUCAACAACUGAUGUGGACAAUGAUUUAUAUGCAACAGAUUGUGUUAAUCAGUUCAAAGGUGGUGGAUGGUGGUAUGAAAGUUGUGCCUAUGCUCGUCUUAAUGGGAAAUACAGUCAUGAUGGUAUAUAUCAUUUUGAACAAGAUGGUAUCACCUGGUAUCACCUGACCUCAUCUGGUGGCCCAUCACUAAUGGCAACAACAAUGAAGUUACGCAGAUCUCCAUAAUGCUUAAAACAAUAAUUCUUAAUUUUUUGGUGUUUGACCUAUUUGAAUACCUUAUGACAAUUAAAAUGGAAUGACGACCUUUUUAAGAGGUAUAGAGUAGACAGACAUUAGCAUCUGUUUGAUAUACACAUCCUAAAUGCUUUGAAUCUUGUAUUUUUCUAAGAGACUAACACAUUUUCAAAGCACCUCUCAAUGUUAUCUUUAGUGAUUGUAUGUUGAUUUAUUAUGUGAUGCCUCAAAGAUUGGACUAACCAGUAAACACCAUUCAGACCUACUGCGAUGGGGAUACUUAUUGCAGAUCAGGGAUAAUCUAAGUUGCAAUGGGGAUUCUUAUUGCAGAUCAGGGAUAAUAUAAGUUGCAAUGGGGAUUCUUAUUGCAGAUCAGGGAUAAUAUAAGUUGCAAUGGGGAUUCUUACUGCAGAUCAGGGAUAAUAUAAGUUUAUGUAUGCCUGCAAACUUAUUAUUGUUUUAUAAUUUAACUUAUAAUUAUUUAUUGUUGGGAGAGGUUAAAUCCAUUACACUUUGUAAGUAAAAAAAAUCUAUUACAUUUUCUUAGUACAUGUAUAUAUUUUAAUAAUAAAAAGGGAG